AUGGCAUUACGAAAAGCCGUGGAUAAUGUCAUAGAACAGUUGAAUUCAGAAGAACCUAAAAUUGUGGAAAAAGGCAUACAUGAUCUCGAACAGUUGCUCAGAUCAUUAGCUCCGGCAAUACAAAAACUGCAUUCUUCAGGGUCCACAGAUCUGAAGCUAGUAGCAUUCCUAGCACUCCAGGAAAACUUUCAGCAUAACUUGGCCAACGAGCUUCUAGCCGCUUACAAAACUCUCCGAUAUGAGAAUACAAACACUUCGACAUGGAAUCAGCUAAAUACUGCCAUGAUGGGGCUCCUAUUGAUUCACCCGGAGUCGAGAAACAUCUUCAGCAAGAAAGCUAACAUGCUGCUAAUUCUAAGUUUUCUAGAACCAGACAACACGGCUUAUUCGUUGGAAAGAUGUGCUUCCUUUGUGUCUUUACUUAUUCACAUAUUGUUGCGGAACCUCAAGAACAUGCGGGUCUUCGAGGCAUGUGGAGGCUGUAUGGCCAUUAUACGACUCCUACAACUCUCUCCUGAAAACGAGAAUGUAGCUGGAGAGCUCGCUAACAUCCAACAAACGCUACAUUUCAAGGUCGUUGAGUUUCUUAUCUUCUACAUGACUGAUGAAUCCGAAUUGAAGGACGGAAAAGCGCCCAUGCGGACAGUCGCAGAGAAAGCUGGCUACAUUAAACCACAGUUUCCAGCAAUUGAGAAUCUCAUUGAAAACUUGAACGAUCUCACGACUCAAAAGUCCAGAGACACCCCUCUUUCGAGUUAG